UUCUAGUCAAGAUGAGUGAUAAACCAGACUUGUCAGAAGUGGAGAAGUUUGACAGGUCAAAACUGAAGAAAACUAAUACUGAAGAAAAAAAUACUCUUCCUUCAAAGGAAACUAUCCAGCAGGAGAAAGAGUGUAUUCAAACGUCGUAAAAUGGGGAUCUCCUCCAAAGAACAUAUUUCAACAUUGCCUGACAGUCUUGGUUUUAGUCUUGUUUUUUUGUAAACCUUCUGAUUUCUUCUUAACUGUAUUCCCUGGCUAAGGUAGUGAGUGUUUCCUUAAGUUCCUUUUUAAAUUUCCCAUUGGUAUGUAAAUUCCAAAUGGCAGAUGCUGUCAAUAAUCUUGCCAUUGAUGACCUUUGUAUGUUUAGUCCUUGCAUCUCAUACAAGAUAAGCCGAUUUUAACCUUCUACAAUGGAUGCCUCAAUUGUUUCAUAAUCUUCAUGAAGAUGCAUCCUUUGGCAGCUUCUUUUUUUUUUUUUUUUUUUUUUGAGGUGGAGUCUCGCUCUGUCGCCCAGGCUGGAGUGCAGUGGUGCAAAUCUCGGCUCACUGCAAGCUCCGCCUCCUGGGUUCACGCCAUUCUCCUGCCUCAGCCUCUCUGAGUAGCUGGGACUACAGGCGCCCGCCACCACGCCCGGCUAAUUUUUUGUAUUUUUUUAGUAGAGACGGGGUUUCACCGUGGUCUCGAUCUCCUGACCUCGUGAUCCGCCCGCCUCGGCCUCCCAAAGUGCUGGGAUUACAAGCGUGAGCCACCGCGCCCGGCCUUGGCAGCUUCUUAUAGUUUAUUUUCACUUCCAAUGUAGCAAUAAAAUAAUAAAUAUAAUA